AUGACAUUCCGAGUCGAUACUCCAGUCUUGCCUUCAACAGUUGUCGCCGCCGAUGGUUGGUCACCUUCCUCCUGGACCUCAAAGCCAGUCCUGCAGGAUGUCGACUACCCCGACCAGGCCCACCUCAACAGAGUCCUUGAGAAGAUUGGACGUCUACCUCCCAUGGUUGCUCCUGGCGAGAUUCACAGACUCCGCCAACAAUUGGCGGAUGUUGCCCAAGGGAAGGCGUUCUUGCUGCAGGGUGGCGAUUGCGCAGAGCUGUUUGAUUAUUGCUCCCAGAGUCCGAUUGAGGCCAAGUUAAAGGUUCUCCUUCAGAUGUCGCUGGUUCUGGUUUGGGGCGCACGUAUGCCUGUGGUCCGUAUUGCACGUAUGGCCGGUCAAUAUGCCAAGCCUCGUUCCAAGCCUACAGAGAUGCAUGAAGGGCAGGAGAUUCUGAGCUACCGCGGAGAUAAUGUGAACGGAUAUGAUCCUGCAGAUCGUUCUCCUGAUCCCGAGAGAUUGCUGGGGGCUUACUUCCACUCGGCUGCGACCAUGAACUAUGUUCGCUCCAUCUUGGCUGAGGGAUUUGCUGACUUGCACCACCCUUCGAACUGGAACCUGCACCAUGUCAAAUCGUCGACCCUUCGCCAGGAGUACCAGACCAUCGUCGACCGUCUCACAGAUGCAUUGGACUUCAUGAAGACUAUUGGCGCAGAUCCCAAUGCAGGAGGGGCGAAGAGUGCAUCCCCCUUGAGCUCGCUCUCGACUGUCGACAUUUUUACUUCGCACGAAGGUCUGUUGCUGGAGUACGAGCAAGCGCUGACACGAAAGAUGAUUGAUCCCACCAACUCGUCGCAACAAAAGUACUACAAUGUCGGCACACAUUUCCUGUGGAUCGGAGAUCGUACGCGUCAGCUCAAUGGCGCCCAUGUCGAGUACUUCAGAGGUAUCGAGAACCCUAUCGGAGUCAAGUGUGGACCCAGCAUGAAGCCUGAUGAGUUGGUGGCGCUGUUGGAUAUCUUGAACGCUGACAAGCAAAUCGGCAAGGUGACGCUUAUUACGCGCUAUGGAGUUGAUCAGGUCGAUAAGUACUUGCCUGGCCAUAUCAAGGCCGUUCAGGAGUCUGGACACGUUGUCGUCUGGGCCUGUGAUCCCAUGCACGGAAACACGAAGCAGUCGGUGUCGGGAGUAAAGACGCGACACUUGAUUGAUAUUACCCGAGAGCUGUCGCAGGCGAUCCGGAUCCACAAGCAGUACAAUUCGCAUUUGGGAGGCGUCCAUUUCGAGUUAACCGGCGACCGUGUGACAGAGUGUGUCGGUGGGUCGAUGGAGCUGUUGGAUGCGGAAUUGUUGGACCGGUAUGAGACCCAUUGCGAUCCUCGUCUGAACUAUGAGCAGGCGUUGGAUAUGGCCUUCUUGAUUGCCAAGUACCAAGAGAAGCAGCGUGGCUUCAGCGGGGUCAUGUCCCUCUAA